AUGAACGGCCUGAGGCGAGCGUUGGGCUUGGGCCUGCCGGCCGUGUGGCGGCGGUGGCCCCCGAGGCCUGUCGGAGGAGCUGGGGCCGCCCCUCGGCGAGCGACCCCCGGCGGCUUCUCGACUUCCCUGAGCGCGGAGCGGCCGCUGAGGCGCCGGGGGGCGGCGGCGGCGAAAGACCCGCGUGAGGAGGAGGAGGAGGAGGAGGAAGAAGAGGCGUUUGUGUUCCCCGAGUACCUCCCGGAGGAGGAGGAGAAGGACGUCGAGUCCCUACUGAGGAGAACCAUCCAGGAGGAGGAGGAGGAGGUCCCGCAGGCCCCCCACGACCCCCGCCCCAAGCAGCCCCGGAAGAAGCCCCACAAGGCUUCGGGGGCUCCGGACCCCUCGGUGCCGUCGAGCGGGGUGGGCUGCUCGGGCUGCGGGGCGGAGCUGCACUGCCAGGACCCCGCCUUGCCCGGGUACCUGCCCAGCGCCAAGUACCUGAGCAUGGUGGGGAGGCCCGGAGAGGCGCCGCCCCAAGACAGAGGGCCAGGAGAGCCUCAGGACGGUGGACGCCCCGAGAAGGCCCUGGAGGACGCCGUCUGCCAGCGCUGUUGGCUCCUGAAGCACCACCAGCAGGCCUUGCGGGUGCAGGUGACCCGCGAGGAGUACCGCAACGUGGUCAGCAGCGCCCUGCGCGGCUCUCUCCGCCACGGCCGCCCGCCCCUGGUGCUCUGCAUGGCGGACGUGCUGGACCUGCCCGACUGCCUCCCGCCCGACCUCCCUGAGCUGGUGGGCAGCCAAGCCAACGUCCUGGUUUUGGGCAACAAAGUGGACUUGCUGCCUGGCGACUCGCCUGGGUACUUGAAGCGCAUCCGGGACCGCCUGCUGGAAGCUUGCGCCCGUGUCGGCCUGAGCCAGUGCAAGGGGGGCCCCAACCAGCGAGUGGUUGGCGUGCACCUUCUCAGCGCCAAGACGGGCUAUGGGGUGGAAGAGCUGAUCUCCACGAUGCAGCGCUCUUGGAAGUUCAAUGGGGAUGUUUACCUCGUGGGGUCUACCAACACUGGAAAGUCAACCCUCUUCAAUACACUGCUCCAGUCGGACUACUGCAAGUCCAGAGCCUCAGAUGCUAUCAACAGGGCAACCAUCUCGCCUUGGCCAGGAACAACUUUAAACCUUCUGAAAUUCCCUAUUAUAAAUCCUACGCCUUACAGAAUAUUCAGAAGGGAAGAAAGACUAGCGGCGGAUGCAGCAAAAACUGAAGAGGAUCUCAGUAAAGAUGAGCAGAAACAUCUGAAAACCCUCAAAAAGCAAAGCUACUUGAUAGGAAGAGUUGGAAGGACAUUUCUGCUCCCACAGAAGUUGAACAGAAACCGUGAGAUCGAUUUUGAUGCCGAAGCGUUAUCCUUCGGUGAAGAGGAAGAACCUCUUCUGUCCAAAACCACCACCAAGAAAGCUGAACUUUCAUACAAUGAAGUGAAAGACGCCCGCUGGUUUUACGACACUCCGGGAAUUAUAAGAGAUGGCUGCGUUUUAAACCUCCUAAAUGAGAAGGAAGUCAAGGUUGUCUUGCCAACCUAUGCCAUUGUUCCAAGGACCUUUCUGCUUAAGCCUGGGUUUGCCUUAUUCCUGGGUGCGUUGGGACGCAUCGACUAUUUACAGGGAGACCGGUCCUCUUGGUUUUCCAUUGUGGCCUCUAACCUAUUGCCUGUACAUGUCACUUCGGUAGAGAAAGCAGAUGCUGUCUAUGAGAAACACGCAGGCAGUAAGUUACUGAAGGUCCCUAUGGGAGGUGAAGAGCGAAUGAAAGAUUUCCCCUCGCUCAUUCCUCAAGACGUGAUGUUGGAAGGAAUUGGUGAUGCUGAGGCAGUGGCGGACAUAAAGCUCUCGUCUGCUGGCUGGGUUGCCAUUACAGCUCAUUCGAACAACAAAAUGCAUCUCAGAUGCUACACCCCAGAAGGGACGGUGCUGACCGUGCGGAAACCUCCUCUGCUGCCCUACGUUGUCCGGAUCAAAGGGGAGCUGCUGAAAAGAAGUCUUGCCUACAAGGUCGAACGGCCCCCUCCCCUUGUGGAGCAUUUAAAAGCGACUGUUAAAAAGCAGGGGAAAAAUGGCAUCUAA